AUCAGUUUUUUUUUACAUUUGAUUUAUGUAAUCAAAAGUCUAUUGGCUCUCGGAAAUAAAAAAAAAAUUUAAAAUAGUUUUUUCAAAAUGCCUAGUAAAACAUUUUCAGAAGAAGAAUAUGGUAAAAGAAUUGACCGGUGUUUCACGGAUGCCAUAGUAAAAGGAAGUGGUGGUCUUCUAAUAGGAGCAACCUUAUCUUUACUUUUAUUUCGUAGAAGAUCAUGGCCAAUCAUAAUGGGUACUGGCUUUGGUAUUGGUGCAGCUUUUAAAAAUUGUGAAAGGGAACUUAAUUCCAUUAACUCUUCAUAAGGAAAAAUAAUCAAUUUUAAUUGUGCAAUUCUUUUUGAAAAGGAAAGGAAAAUAUUAUUUUUAAUUCAUUAAUAACAGAGUCACUAAA